UCCAGCAACUGGAGAGCUGGUAACAGCUUAACAGUGCGCGGUUGCUGGCUUCAUGUCCAACAUGCUGGUCUUAAUAUCGGACCAAGUGCCACAGAGUGAACAGAUCAGGCACGCGUGGCCGCUCCGUUCCCGUCCGCUAAUCUGAACGCACAGGACCCGAAUAAGGAUCAAGGAUAAUCGGCCGCGAGUCCCGCGACAUGUGAUUCCAGUGUUUUUACCUAAAAAAAUUCUCCUCUUCGUUUCGGGUUUUUUUUCUGUCUGGUGUGUGCGCUCUCUCGGAUUUAUUUUGGUGUGUGUGUGAAUGCCGGUGUGUACUUUUCUCCGGCGUCUGUGAACCGUCUUCUCUUAAUUUACUGGAGCCCACCUUACCAGCCCCCUACGUUUUUAACGAUGUAUCCACACUUUUUAAGGACUCUUGCUUGAUUAUCGACAGCUUUUCUGUUCAGGUGCCAUAAUGUUGUAAGAAAAUGGUCAUCUGGCUGAGAUGGAUCAUCGACUCACCGUCACGGAUGUAGAAUAGUUACAGGAAAGAACGUAACGAAUCGACGAAACGAGGUGCCGGGGGUUGGCGUCGCCCUUAAGCCCCUCGACCUUCCACCCCGCCUGCGCUGGCUACUAUGCGAAUUGUACUAAGCAUUCGAGCCCUUAUCGCGGUGCUUGGCUUGACCGCCGUUUUUGAAAUCGUCCAAUCGCAGCAGUAUCAAAACGAAACUCACCGUCACCAUCACAACAUAAGCUUCGACUACUUCAUUAAGAAUCCAAAGCCAUACACAAGGGACAUCCACCUGAACAAACCCGGUCAAUUGCUAAACCCGCGAGAGAAUCAAAAAUUGUUGCAAAUGGAGGGCAGAGAACGUAACGAAGUCGAGUGCUGUCCAACGAUUGAGGAAAUGGUGGAACCCGAUGGCGGGGAGAACCAGAAUGGGCAGUACGUGGAGCUGUUCCACGGAGAAUACAGACAGAGAUUCUAUGAGAGAUCGUGCCAUCCGCAAAUCCUCAACAAGAACUGUAGGUUUAUGGACAGGAAGGUGCACAGCCAGUCGAGAUGUAUACAGAAGUACGUGUACACUUAUGCGUUGGUGAGGAGUGGUGGUGAUAAGAGUAAGAAUUUUCCACAUUUUUCGUCGAGCGGACCUUAUCAAGACAGCCAUUUCACAAUGGAUUAUAUUAAAGUACGGAGUGGAUGCACGUGCGUAAUUUUGCCCAACAGGAAAAAGCGAGGGAGAAAACAUAAGAAAACUUACGAUCCAUGAACUUUUAUUUAAUUAUUGCCAUUAUACCAAAGGAGAUUUUCAGUGACUUUAGUUAAAAUCAGUGUUAAGUUUGUAAAUUUUUUAUUUCUUUUUAACUGAACUUACUACAUAUAUGUUUGAGAUGUACAAACUUUUUUUAUGUAAUUUUACAAGACAUUCCAUGUUACAAAAGUUUAGUUUUGGUGUUAUGAAUGCAACAUUCGUAACCAAGUGUGUCAUGUACUUUUUGUUUCUAGUCGAACUAGGAAUAAAAUUUUAUAUCUUAAAGACUUGUUAAUAUAAGUACUUAGUCUUAAACCAAGUUGCUUAAUACUUACUAAUUAAAAUAAAAAUAAAUUACUAUUUAUUCAACUAUCGAAUCCACAGCAAUUUUCUUUGAGAAAAUAGCCAAUAUAGUUACCGCGGGUGUCAAAUGAGGAUUUAGUAAAGCUUUCAUUAGCUCCAUUUUAUCAUGUCCUCAAAACUAUAUUUGAUUUCUUCGGUUUUGACACCACUGACUGAAUUAAACAAAACAUUUGUUUUGUCAUCACUUACGUAAAAAAGUGUAUUACUUAAUUAUUUUAUCUGAGUCUAAUGGUCACUUUCAGCUAGUAAAACUAUAUUUUUUGAAUGCUUAAAGAAUAUUUUACAUUCUUUUUAUAAUACUCAUCUCAGUACAUUUAGUAUUAUUAAUGUAAACAGAUGGUUACCCCCGGAAAGUACUGAAAGAUGUGUUUUACAUGUGUAAGCCUUUAAACAAAUAUUUAACUAAAAUAUUUUAUUGAAAUGUGAACCAUUUGUUAUUUGUACUAGUGAAAUAAUAUUAAAUAUAGUAUGUAGAAAUAAUAUUUGUAAAUAUAUUUAUUGUCUGAUUAAUUAAAACUAUAUGAAUAUGCUUUAUUUAAUAUAUUUAUUUUUGUAUUUUUUUACAUUUCAAUAAAAUCUAUAUUACUUACAAUAAAGUACUUAUAAAUUUUGAAUAUGUACAAAAUUUAUAUAUACUUUCUGUGUGUACUUUAAAAAAUUUAUAAUCUCGUGUAAUGAUAAAUUAUUUUUCUAUGUUCAGUUUUUUGGAAUUCUUCAAUGUUGCCAAUUAGGUAUAUUGGAAUUUAAUCCGAUAGACGAUAAUAUGAACCUCAUUUUAUUGUACUCAUUAAUGUACUCAUUGUUCAAUUUUAAAAUACAAAAUGUAUUAUGUAAAUAUACAUUUAACGAAUAAAGCUGUGCAGAAUACACUAACUCUUAAUAUUGA